AUGGUGCAAUCAAAGAAGUUCAGAGGUGUCAGGCAGCGUCACUGGGGCUCUUGGGUCUCAGAAAUUCGCCACCCCUUACUGAAGAGAAGGGUGUGGCUAGGCACAUUUGAGACAGCUGAGGAGGCAGCCCGAGCCUACGAUGAAGCAGCUGUUUUGAUGAGUGGCCGAAAUGCCAAAACCAAUUUCCCAAUUUCUACCACUCAAACUAAUACUAAUACUACUACUGCUGCUGCUGCCGCCGCCAUGGCCGUCGGAUCAGACCCAAGAGGUAGUUCGAGCGACUUGGACCAUUCGCUAUCCGAGCCGAAGGGUUUAUCAGAAAUCUUACAUGCUAAGCUCAGGAAAUGCAGCAAGCUUCCAUCUCCAUCCAUGACCUGCUUGAGGCUCGACAAUGAGAGCUCUCACAUUGGAGUCUGGCAAAAGCGAGCCGGUCAACGCUCUGAUAAUUCCAACUGGGUCAUGACUGUUCAGCUUGGCAAGAAGAAGAACAGUAAUAACACUAACGCUGCUGAUGAUCAUGGCCAAAGUAUUUCAUCAUCAUCACCGUUGAUAAUGUCGACUUCUGAGUCAUCAGCGUCAACGUCAUCAGCGAGGGCGCCGGAACUCAUAGCCGAGAUGGAUGAAGAAGAGAAAAUUGCACUGCAGAUGAUAGAGGAGCUGCUUAACAGAAAUUGUCCAAGUCCUAGUAAUUCUUCAUUUGGCAUUCAACCAGGAGAGGAAAGCUUUUACUUGUAG